AUGAGCUACGACCGCGCCAUUACCGUGUUUAGUCCCGAUGGGCACCUCUUUCAGGUCGAGUAUGCGCAGGAGGCGGUGCGCAAGGGCCUCUGUGCGGUGGGGGUGCGUGGAAAGGAUAGUAUCAUCUUUGCCGUGGAGAAAAAGUCAGUGCAAAAAUUGCAGGACAGUCGUACGAUUCGCAAAAUAUACAAGCUGGAUGAGCAUAUUUACCUUGCCUUCGCCGGCCUCUCCGCCGACGCCCGCGUGCUUGUGAACCACGCGCAGCUGGAGUGUCAACGCUUUCGUUUGAACUACGAGGAUGCCGUGGACGUUGACUUCCUCGUCCGCUACGUGGCAAAGGUGCAGCAGAAGUCGACGCAGUCCAGUGGAAGUCGUCCGUAUGGUGUCUCGACUAUCAUCGGCGGCUUUAACGAGAACGGGCAGCCGCAGCUGUGGAAGACGGAUCCCUCCGGCAUGUGUUCCGCCUGGCGAGCGGUGGCCAUUGGACGCAACGACAAGACAGUGCUGGAGUUCAUGGAGAAGGGCUACCAGGACGACAUGACCCGCGACCAGUGCGUGCACUUCGCCAUUAAAGCCCUCUUGGAGGCGGUGGAGAGCGGGUCGAAGAACAUUGAGUUGGUGGUGCUUGAGAAGAAGAAGGCGGUGUACAUGAACGAUGAGGAGCUGCACAUGUUUGUUGUCGAGGUAGAGAAGGAGCGUGAGGAGGAGGCAGCCAGGAAGAGGCGUCUUGCCGAGGAGGAGUGA